AUGAAGGGAAUUCCAGGUUUUACUGUUUACCCGCUUAUCGGUAAUUCACUGAAUUAUAUCAGUUCACCAGUCAAAAUAUUUUAUUUAUUACGACAAUUACCAAAUAAAUUUGGAGAUGUUAAUGAAGCCCACGCUCUUAACAAACGCGUCGUAAAUUUGUACAGCCCACAAGAUAUUGAGAAAAUCUUGUCUUCAGUUCGCCAUAUAAGCAAAGACAUUCCAUAUACAUUCUUUAAUCCAUGGCUCGGAGAAGGAUUACUUACAAGUAAUGGAGUAAAGUGGCAACAACGACGUAAGUUAUUAACUAAUGCUUUUCAUUUCAAUAUUCUAAGAAAAUAUUCUAGAACAAUCAUAGAACAGUCCGACAACUUCCUGAAUAAGGUCGAAGCUGAAACCGAAAAUGAAAUGACAGAUAUAGUACCUUUGAUUAGUAAAACAACUCUUCAUAUUAUGUGUGAAACCGCGAUGGGUACAUCAAUGAGGAAUGGAAUAAAAGAAGUAAUUGAUAAAUACUUUAAAGCAAUUCACAUAUUUGGUAACUGUAUGGUUCAACGUUUCUCCCGUGUUUGGCUCUUUUUCGAUUUUAUAUUCGCUUUUACUAGAAAUGCUUUUGUGCAAAAUAGAAUUGUAAAAAAUCUGCAUGAAUUCACUGACAAUAUAAUUCGAGAACGUAAAGAAUUAUAUAGCAGGGGCCUUGUUGAUGUAGAUGAAGUAUUGAACAAUAAUGGGAGACUGGCCAUGUUGGAUCUGCUUUUGCAGGAGGAAACACAAGGCAGGAUAGACAUGCAAGGGAUAAGAGAGGAGGUUGAUACUUUUAUGUUCGAGGGACACGACACUACAGCAAUGGCUUUGUCGUUCAUUCUAAUGAGGAUAGCAAAUGAACCUGAAGCACAAAAUAAAAUAUUUGAUGAGAUCCAGAGUAUUUUUGGUGAAUCCAAUCGAUUGCCUAUCACUGAAGAUCUGAACAAAAUGAAAUAUUUGGACUGCUGUAUCAAAGAAUGUUUGAGACUCUAUCCCAGUGUGCCUUUUAUAGCAAGGUAUCUGACAGAAGAAAUUGAAUUGAGUUCAUUUAAAAUACCAGCUAACACAAUUUGUAAUAUCCAUAUAUAUGAUGUGCAUCACCGAGCCGACAUCUUCCCAGACCCUGAACAAUAA